AUGAUAUACUUUAUCAACAUCAUCAUCAUUUCGUUAUCCCUGCUGUCGAACGAAGUACACAAUGCGAAAUGUGUAGCCUGCAUUGAUCCGAUUUUUAUUGAUUUUCUUAGUUUUAAUAACGAUAAAAAUUAUCCAACAGUAAAGUAUCCAAGCAAGGAUGGAUUGUUGCCUUGCGAGAAAGCAACAAAUCCACCGGUGGUAAAUUGUCAAUACGCAUGUUUCAAAGCGUUGCUCAUACUACCGAUCGAUUAUAAAAAUGGGACAUUUCAUCAUGGUUAUUAUUACGAUUGUAGUUCCAAUGUUGACUGGAUUGCUGAAAAAUUUGACAUCGAAUAUAAAAAUAUGACAAAAUACGAUUACAUGCUCCGAACCUUUGAUGACUAUAGUAAACUAUCGAUGAAAUUCUUACCAGAAACGUCGUUGAGUGAUUUGCCACGUGGUUAUACAUUUAUGCGCAAGGAAUUACACCUAUGUAUGGGCAUGUUAGCUGUUGCUGCUGCUGUGAUUGUUACUCUUUUGAUUGUUUUAUGGAUCACAACUCCGCCAAAGAUCUGUCCAAUCCGCAGGUUGCUCAAACACUGCGGCACGUUCAGUAUGAACAACUCUGAGGACUAG